CCAAUGGUACCUCAAAUCUCUCUCACUUCAGAGUCUUUGCCGGAGAAUUGGAGCGUUGCGUAUGCAUCUGAUCCAACUGAAUGGGAACGGAAAUUUGAAGAAUGUUGGGUUGUUGCGGAGAAGAUACUCGAUAAAAAGGCAUACAAUCCAGAUUGUGAUAUCACGUACAAUGAGAUGACUCAUGUUCUUGUUCAACUGACUCGAAUGUGUCAGUUAUUAAUGAUGGAGGUUAAUGCUCAGCCUGAGCCAACUAUCGGUUCUAUUCUUGAUCGAUAUUUUACGCAAGAGAUUAUGGAUAGAGUCAUGGAUUGGGCUAUACAGGUCCCAGAUUUCCUGAAACCUUCUUGUCAGUUGGCUAUUAUUCGAAUCUAUGAGUUGAUUGUGGCGGAAAGUCAUACACAAAAUCACUGCCUCCUUGUACAUAAGCCAAUUCUGAAUCCACUUCUGAGGCUUUUCGAUUGGUGUGAGCGCACAGAAGGACUUCGACCAAAUAAAUUGGGACAUCCUUCUUCUACGGAGAAACACUUUGUAGUUUUGCUUAACCAGAUCUGCACCAAACUUGCUGAAGACUGCACUCUGUUGCAUUUCUUCUUCUCCAGUGAAGAUGGUGCCGAGGAGUUCGUUGUGUUCUCUUUACUCAUCCCCUAUUUAUAUGAACAGAACGACGUUGGACAAUUAGCCCGCGAUGCUCUUCUUCUUAUCCUAUCUGUAUCCACAAGCCAUGAAAAAAUCGCUAAUUUUGUCGCUUACAAGAGUGCUUUUUGUCCGGUAGUUGCGACGGGGUUGUCUGGAUGCUUCUCUCAGUUAGGUCGUAUUUUUACCGGUGAUGGUACGGAAAAUAUUGUUGCUGAGCACGCCGCAGAUUCUCUUACCAACUUUCAUUCCUCGUUGCUCUUUUGUAAUGCUGUGGUUCAAGCAGCUCAUCCAGCCGUUGUUGAAGAAAUCUGCAACUUCUUUUAUUCUGGAUUUUUGAUUUCUGUUGUGAAACCAACGCUACUUCAAGAGGAACAAGAAGGAGUUGCUGCUGCCACCGUAUAUCUACAACUUUGUGUUGAAACUGUUACAGAAGCAUCUUUAAUUCGUACACUUAUUCGAAUGUUACUCCUUGAAGUAGACGAUGAGAAUCAAUUGCUUAUCGAGGUGAUUGUCGGCCGGAUAUCAAGUGGAGACAAGGUAAACGUAUUCUUAGCUAAUCCAACUUCAGGAGGAAUAAAUCAUUAG